CUCAAGUGACAUUCUGCCUUUUAAAUAAAAACAUCAAUUUCUUACACGCUUCAGACAUUGCUUGUUAAUUAGCUUUUACCAAAUGAAACCUUUAAGAAAGUGUGAACGAAUACUUGAAAAAAUUAUACUGAAACACGGAACAAACCAAAUAAGCUUAGACAAAUACGUAUUUGAUAACUUAGAAACGCAUGUCAUAAUUCGUUUGAUAUACUUUGUUCCACUUAUGGCUAUCUGAAUAUCAAACAGGUCAUGAUGUUGUAUUUAACCAACCCAACUUCGAAGUAGCACCCACGGACCUUCCAAUCGACGUUAGUCCACCAACAACUGAAGAAAUCAGCAUGGUCACCAGACAAAUCAAGAGUGGCAAAGCAGCAGGAUCAGACAACAUUCCAACAGAGGCAAUAGAAAUAGACGUAGCAGUAACUGCAAGGAUACUACACACUCUCCUUAAUAAGAUUCGGAAUGAGGAACAAGUACAAAGAGACUGGAAAGAAGGAAUUCUGACCAAAAUAUCAAAGAAAGGCGAUCUCAGCAAGUGUGAUAACUACAGGGGCAUCACUCUUCUCUCAAUACCGAUAAACGUCUUUAACAGGGUGUUGUUAAACCGAACGAUGGACUCCGUAGACACCCAACGUCGAUAUCAACAGGCUGGAUUCUGUAAGGAUCGAUCGUGUACAGACCAAAUCGCAACACUACGGAUCACUGUGGAAAAAUCGAUCGAAUGAAAUUCACUGCUCUAUAUCAACUUCACUGAAUUUGAGAAAGCGUUUGAUGACAUGGACAGGACAACACUAAGGAAUUCCUAUGAUGUAUUCAACUGCGAAAUCGUGGGUGGUGGAUAUAUGACAGACUCGUUCGAAGUAAAGACUGGUGUUAGGCUAGGUUGCUUACUCUCACCCUUUCUCUUUCUCCUGGCUAUCAACUGGAUCAUGAAGACGUCAACAUCUGAAGGGAAGCACGGGAUACAGUGGACAUCUAGGAUACAGUUGUACGAUAAAGACUUCGCAGAUGAUCUGGCUCUUCUAUCGCAAACCCAACAACAAAUGCAGGAGAAAACGACCAGUGUAGCAGCAACAUCAGCAGCAAUAGGUCUCAAUAUACACAGAGGGAAGAGCAAGGUUCUCCGAUACAACACAGCAUGCACCAAUCCAAUCACAAUUGACGGAGAAGCUUUGGAAGAUGUAAAAACCUUUACAUAUUUGGGCAGCAUCAUUGAUGAACAGGGUGGAUUUGAUGCAGAUGUGAAGGCGCGGAUCGGCAAAGCAAGAGCAGCAUAUUUACAACUGAGGAACAUCUGGAAGUCAAAACAACUGUACACAACCCAACACCAAGGUCAGAAUUUUCAAUACAAAUGUCAAGACAGUUCUACUGUAUGCGGCCGAAACUUGGAGAACUACGAAAGCCAUCAUCCAGAAGAUACAGGUGUUUAUUAACAGUUGUCUACGCAAAAUAAUUCAGAUCCGUUGGCCGGACACUAUUAGCAACAACGUACUGUGGGGGAGAACAAACCAGAUCCCAGCGGAGGAAGA